AUGGCUUCGGGAAGACUUUUUGAAGACAUUCCGCCAUUCCCCGCCGGCCUCCAAACUGCACCACUAUAUACGAUUCCACUAGCCGGCCUGCGUUCGGGGGAUGAGGUCACUGCGAAGAAUACUCUGAAAGCAUGCCAGGAUCUGGGCUUCUUCCUGCUCGACCUCCGUGGUGACAGGCUAGGAGACACGGUAAUAGAGGAAGUUGAUCAGCUUUUCAACGUCGGUAAGGACUUAAUGAAUCUUCCUUAUGACGAGAAAGAGAAGUAUCUACAUGAUGCUCCAAAGAGUUUUCUUGGAUUCAAGCCCCGCGGUCAUGCCAAAAUCGAGACAAGCGAGCCAGAUCGAUUCGAAUGGUUCAAUAUUGGCCAAGAUGGGCUGCUAGGGAAUACUGCACCUCAAAGACUUCCACCACUUAUACAUGAUCGCCAUUCACUACUAACCUCGUUUGUUGAACACGGUCAGAGUAUCGUCAGAACCAUUAAUUCAACCUUAGCGACGCAACUCGGCCUCCCUGCGGAUGCAUUCGCAUCCUUGCAGGAGCCCACCAAGCCAUCUGGCACCGUGGUGCGGAUCAUCAAGGCAUUUGCAAGCCCAGAGGCAGAAGACCUCCGCACCAGCAUGAUUCACCAUACAGACUUUGGCACUAUCACGCUGCUUGCCAACGUGCUUGGCGGGCUACAGAUCCUAGCUCCACACCGACCCCCUGAAGACAAAAGCGCGUGGCUGUGGGUACGUCCGCAGCCCGGCUGCCUUAUUGUAAACCUCGGCGAUGCCAUGGUACAAUGGACCGGCGGUUUGCUACGAAGCAAUGUGCAUCGAAUCAAUUUUGCACCCGGAGACCAGCGCUUCUCCGAUCGGUACAGCUUAGCUCUCUUGGUCCGACCAGAACGCGAGGCAAGCAUGAAAAGGCUCACCGGACCAGGCGAGGAUGGCGAGGACGGUGACUUGACUGCUUGGGAGUGGGAGGUCAAAAAAGCAAUGGCUUUGACUCGCGAGCCGGCUAUGAUGCAGAGUAAGGGCGGUAAACAAGCAGCGACGAAGACCUGA